CUGGCAGCUGCUGCAAAGAGCAGUCAGACGUCCUGGACGUCAAGAAAGGAGAAUGUGGAGAUUAGAGCCGAUUCAGAAACAGGAAAGGAACCGUUUGACAAUACUCUAUUUAUAGAACAAAGAUAAUUUAAGAGAUCGUGGAAAGAAUUUAAAUACACGUUUCGAAAAUAACACAUUUUUAGGGAAAUCUCCUGUUUUGUGGGUAAUUGCUUUCAACGAAUGAGAUGGGGACAAGAGCUAGUCGUUUACAAGAGGACCCAGUGUCUUCGGCUUUCGUCAAAGAUGGCAUAAAGCGGGAUUCCUAUCAACGACCCCGCUGCAGUAGGCCCACCAGUCUUAUGAUAGACUUUUUGGGGAGUUUUGACGAUUCGGAGACCAACCGUAGCCGAUCGGAAGAGGGCAGCGAUUCGGACAUAGGGCAACAGGCGAGCGCCGAUGGAAGCCCCGCCGACCACAACAGCCACCCAUCCAUCAGCCAGGCAUCACCAGCGGAAGACAACAGCGAAUGCAAGCGCGAGGAAGACAGUAAUAGCAGUCCCGAGGGUGCUGUCAACGGGGAACAUCUGCCUGGAGAGGAGACAGGCCGCGUGCCUCACCGCACUUUCUCUGAACGUUUACCCGGUAAUCGACACUCUUCCGGGCGCAACGUCAGCGCAAGAGUUGCACGGAUGAGAGGCAUCAAUCAGCGCCCGGUAUCGGAGGCUUGGAUUGGCCUCUACCGUGUCAACAACCGACAUGGCAAUAUCCGCUGUCCGUUCUGCUCCAAGCCUUUCCCAGGGGGCAAGAUUGAGGAUCACCUGUUGAGCUGCCUCACAUCUCCACCUCUCCCUUACAACACGGAUGUGCUCAGUAAGGACAGCGGUGAGUGUUCCAUCUGUCUGGAGGAGCUGCAGCAGGGAGAGACCAUUGCCCGGCUGGCCUGCCUAUGUGUCUACCACAAGAGCUGUAUUGACUCCUGGUCCAAGGUGAAGCCCUGCUGUCCCGAACACCCUUUUGAUUGACUCAUGGGUCACAUGUCCUGCUCAGUGAUACACCUGACUUGGACUGCAUUGUUUCUAUAAUUGCAGCAAAUAUAUUACGGCAAUGAAAAAUACCAGAGGCAAGCCUCCUAAUUUUACUGAACCAGACACAGCCCCAAAAGGAUGGGACCGCAGGCCACUUUUCCCUCUUCGACCUGGUUGUCCAUUUGAGCUCAACUCAGACCACUAUAACUACUGCUGGAAUAGACGGCCACCUCUCCUCUGUGAACAUAGCCCAAACUAUAAACUGCUGCACUCAGAAAAACAUCAAAGGUAAAUCAAUAUAUUAUCAUACCAGGUUGACAGUCCCCUGAAAGACCUUUAACUUGAGGAGGAGAGGAAAAAUGUGUAUUUCUGUUGCCCAUGCAUUCCUCCACCUCUAAUGUGGACCUUCCAUAUGGGAUAGCUCAUUUUAUCUUUCAUGAUGCAGCACAACAAUAUUGUGCAGAGAUUCACGUUCCAGUGAAUAAAUGUUUCUGUCCAUAAAAAACAACCCAGCUCUGAAAAUGUUAACUGUUCAUGCGUAAAUAUUGCAAUGCAUUGUUUUUAAUAGCCUGAUGUUGGAAAGCAGGGCUGUAUUUUGUGAAUGGGGUUGCUGUAGUAGUGAUUGUAGGUGUUUUUUCUAUUGUCACCAUGAUACAUUUCAGGAGAGGGAUGGUGGGUGUGAGUUGAUUGUUGAGUUAAAAGCUGAUUAUGUCAGUUUGUGUGGUUGGAUGGUGCUGAACCCGCUGUGUUAACGCCUUUACCGCAGCUGAAGCAGGUUGUUGGUAUUUACCAGGCCAUAGUACUGGUGUCAUGCCCAUACUGAGCACUUUUAACCUCAAGGCUGAACCUUCUCAGAUAAGGUCUGCUUGAUUGAACCACAGUUGCUAAUUUAGUAACAACAGUUGUGUGUAUGUGUGUGUGUGAUAGUGGUGCGGAUUAAUGUCCUGAUGACAGCGCCCGACUCUGGACAGCAGAGGCGAACUGCAGACUUCUCACUGGCUGUGUAAAUGAGAGGUGUGUGUGUGUUCUUAGUGCCCUGAUACCGUCUGGGUGAGAGAGUUUUAAUUAUAGGGUCAUUACAUGUCAUUUCAGCAAGCCAUGACACCCACCAUCUCAGAUUGUUCUGAAAUUGUUUCUGUAGUUAGAAACAGAUAAGAAGCAUUCCUGACACAUUUUGUUGAAAUAUAAUUUGAUCUCUGAGAAAUUAAGCGAAUUGAUUGCACGCAAAUUGGCCAUUUAAAUGUAUAGGAUUCAUAUAUUCAAUAAAUAUAGUACCAAGCCUUUUUCUAACAAUGAGUAGGACAUUGUCAAAAGCCACCCACGGAUCCCCCAAACCAAUCCCAACCCAGCAACAACGGUUUCCUUACCCUGCAGGCAGGCUAUUGACAAGGUAUGACAGCAACCCAUGCUUUGGUUUUGUUUACCUGGCCACUGUUUCAAACACUAACCUUUUAGCAUUUGUGGCACAAAUCCAAUGCAAUCCAAUCCAAUGGUGCCUAUAUUAGCAUUUUUGCGCUUCAUAUCCAAAUUAUCUGUAAGUAACAUCAUUGAGUUACACAAUCCAUUUUUUUAUACUUUAGGAUAAUUUGAACAUGAAGCGUGAAAGUGCUAAUAUUUGUACCAUUUGACUUUCAUUGGAUUUGUCCCACAAAUGCAAAAAAGUUAGCAUUUGAAACAGUGGCCAGGUAAACAAAAACAAAGCAUGGAUUGCAGUCAUACCUUGUCAAUAGACUGCUUACAGGGUAAGGAAGCCAAUGUCAUUUUGUAAUUUGGGUGAACUAUCCCGCUAACAUUGAGGGGAUAAACUUCAAACUUUUUUCACCUAAUAGCAGUAACAGCACCAUCUAGUGGUCAGAACCUCGUAAUAUCAGGAUGUAGGAUGGGACAUAAUCCUAACAACUUCAAUUAAUAUUUUCUCUGAACAGGGGGAAAAAACCCAUUUACCAAAUUCACUGGGAACACAUUACAUAGGAUGAAUAAACAAUACUCCGAGCCACAGCUCCAUACUCUACUUGUCAGACAAAGAGAACUGAUACUACAGUGCAUUCGGAAAGUAUUCAGACCCCUUCACUUUUUCCACAUUUUGUUACGUUACAGCCUUGUUCU